GGCAGGCAGGAGGAAGCAGAAAUAACAACAACAGCAGGGCGAGUGACAGCGAAGGGGAGCACCGAAAAACCAGAAAACGGACUAUCGAACCUUUCGCUUCAGUUUUCUAGUUUGAUAGAGACACAAAUACUGAAAAGGGUCUUUAUUUAGCGUCUUUUGCGUUAUUUUUUCUACUUCCAGGAUGUCUUUGUUCGGAAAGUUGUUUGGAAGUGGGGGAAAAGGAGGAAAACCUCCGAGCCCACAAGAGGCGAUCCAGCGACUCCGGGAUACCGAGGAGAUGUUGACGAAGAAACAGGAAUUUUUGGAGAAAAAAAUAGACCAGGAACUCCUAACCGCAAAGAGGAACGGAACUAAAAACAAACGAGCUGCUCUGCAGGCCCUGAAACGCAAGAAGAGGUAUGAGAAGCAGCUGGCUCAGAUCGAUGGCACGCUGUCCACCAUCGAGUUCCAAAGGGAGGCACUCGAGAAUGCCAACACCAACACCGAAGUGCUCAAGAACAUGGGCUUUGCAGCUAAGGCCAUGAAAGCUGCCCAUGAAAACAUGGACAUAGACAAAGUAGACGACUUAAUGCAGGACAUCACAGAGCAGCAGGAGCUGGCACAGGAGAUUUCAGAUGCCAUUUCAAAACCUGUAGGAUUUGGGGAAGAUUAUGAUGAGGAUGAACUCUUAGCAGAAUUGGAAGAGCUGGAACAAGAGGAGUUAGACAAAAACCUGCUGGAAAUCGGCGGCACAGAGAAUGUACCGCUACCCAAUGUGCCCUCCACAUCAUUACCUGCCAGACCAGCAAAGCAAAAGGUGGAGGAAGACGAGGACGAUAUGAAAGACCUGGAGGCUUGGGCUGAGGCCAUGUAGUCACAGAGCUGAUGACAUUACCUGGAACAGAAGGAAAGAAAGGACUCUCUGGUUCAGUGCAUUUUUUUUUUUUGUGGGAGGGGGGAAAUACUAAAUUUAAUAAAGCAAACAAAAUAAUACAGAAAACUUUAGCUCUUAAUGUCUGCCCAAAGCAGUAAAAGUGUGCAGUGACUUGUCUUUGAAAAAGAGAGCUUCAUCUCUGGAGAAACCCAACAGAACAAGAUCCUCUCGAAAAUCCUUUUUUUUUUUUUUUUUGGUAUAUGUAAAAUUUGCCACCAUCGCCUGCUAGUAAUUAGAAAAUUCAGGUUGUCAGUGUGGCAUGUAUUCUUUCUGUUGAAUGUUCAAAAAAAGAAAUUUGUUUAUUUAGAGCAAUUAUCUGAACUGGCGUAAUGCCCAGUUUACAUCAAGUCCAUGCAUUCUGCUGAAUGGAAUCCCGAUGGUAAUGUCAGUUCAUUGGGAGAAGUUUACAUCUGACCACACAGUGGCGACAGGUCUUCCCACCAAGACUGCACGAGGAGGACAGAAUUAACUUAGAAUAGUAAGAAUGAUUCUUUUAUUAUUAUUAUUUAGUUCGUGGUUGCUUCCUUUGAUUUUUGAAAAACAUGUUUGGAUAACUUUUUACAUUACGUUAUGUAAAAGUGGGGCUUUACUUGGGGUUUCAGUCUAGUCCACCAUCAAAUAUGCGAUUCUGAUCAGGUGACUUUAAAAUUGAUUUACGUUGGAUUUCACACAGGGUUUCUGUCAGGUGCACCAAUGACUCUGGUAUUCUACUCAAAUGUUUCUUUGCACUGCAUGUUGUAUAAGACACUGGGGUUUCUGAUCUACCAACUCCUCUUUUGAUCACUGGUACAAAUGUUUGCCUUUUUUUUUUUUUUUUAAAU